CGCCCGCUCGGCUCGCAGUAGCGCCGCCCGAGGCUGAAGCGGCGCAUCCCGUGGCGCGGCGCCCACCGGCACCCGAGGCGCUGCGGGCGCGCUGAGGGCUCGGCUCAGAGGGCGCCGGGGGGCCCGGGCGCCGUGGUGUGAGGGGGCCGCGGAGCCGGGGCCGAGGCUGGGGAGGCGACGCCCGGGAGGACGAAGCCGCGGCGGGGAGCGGAUCUUUCGAAGAUGGUUUGGCUGCCUUGGAGACUUGGAGAUCUGAUGCCACGAUGAGGACUCACACACGGGGGGCUCCCAGUGUGUUUUUCAUAUAUUUGUUUUGCUUUGUGUCAGCCUACGUCACCGACGAGAACCCAGAAGUCAUGAUUCCCUUCACCAAUGCCCACUACGACAGCCACCCGAUGCUGUUCUUCUCCAGGGACGAGGUGGCGGAGCUCCAGCUCAGGGCUGCGGGCUCCCAUGAGCACAUUGCCGCCCGGCUUACCGAGGCCGUGCACACCAUGCUGUCCAGCCCCUUGGAGUACCUCCCUCCCUGGGACCCCAAGGACUACAGCGCCCGCUGGAAUGAAAUUUACGGCAACAACCUGGGCGCCUUGGCAAUGUUCUGUGUGCUGUAUCCUGAAAACAUUGAAGCUCGAGACAUGGCCAAAGACUACAUGGAGAGGAUGGCAGCUCAGCCUAGUUGGCUGGUGAAAGACGCUCCUUGGGAUGAAGUCCCGCUUGCUCACUCCCUGGUUGGUUUUGCCACUGCCUAUGACUUCUUGUACAACUACUUGAGUAAGACACAGCAGGAGAAGUUUCUUGAAGUGAUUGCCAAUGUCUCGGGAUAUAUGUAUGAAACUUCAUACCGAAGAGGAUGGGGAUUUCAGUACCUCCACAAUCACCAACCCACCAACUGCAUGGCCUUGCUCACGGGAAGCCUAGUUCUGAUGAAUCAAGGGUAUCUCCAAGAAGCAUACUUAUGGACCAAACAAGUUCUGACCAUCAUGGAGAAGUCUCUGGUCCUGCUCCGAGAGGUGACGGAUGGCUCCCUCUAUGAAGGAGUUGCCUAUGGCAGCUACACCACUCGAUCCCUCUUCCAGUAUAUGUUUCUCGUUCAGAGGCACUUUGAUAUCAACCACUUUGGCCACCCAUGGCUGAAACAACACUUUGCGUUUAUGUAUAGAACUAUCCUACCAGGGUUUCAAAGAACUGUGGCUAUUGCAGACUCCAAUUACAACUGGUUUUAUGGUCCAGAAAGCCAAUUAGUGUUCCUGGAUAAAUUUGUCAUGCGUAAUGGCAGUGGUAACUGGCUGGCUGACCAAAUCAGGAGGAACCGUGUGGUGGAAGGUCCAGGAACACCAUCCAAAGGCCAGCGUUGGUGCACUCUUCACACAGAAUUUCUCUGGUAUGAUGCCAGCUUGAAAUCUGUUCCUCCUCCGGAUUUUGGCACCCCUACGUUGCAUUAUUUUGAAGACUGGGGUGUUGUGACUUACGGAAGUGCCCUGCCUGCAGAAAUCAAUAGAUCGUUUCUUUCCUUCAAGUCAGGAAAACUGGGGGGCCGUGCAAUAUAUGACAUUGUCCACAGAAACAAAUACAAAGAUUGGAUCAAAGGAUGGAGAAAUUUUAAUGCCGGGCACGAGCAUCCUGAUCAAAACUCAUUUACUUUUGCUCCCAAUGGUGUGCCUUUCAUCACUGAGGCUCUCUAUGGGCCAAAGUACACCUUCUUCAACAAUGUUUUGAUGUUUUCCCCAGCUGUGUCAAAGAGCUGCUUUUCUCCCUGGGAGGGUCAGGUCACGGAAGACUGCUCAUCAAAAUGGUCUAAAUACAAGCAUGACCUGGCCGCCAGCUGCCAGGGGAGAGUGGUUGCAGCAGUGGAGAAAAAUGGAGUGGUUUUCAUCCGAGGGGAAGGUGUGGGAGCUUAUAACCCCCAGCUUAAUCUGAGGAGCGUGCAGAGGAAUCUGAUCCUCCUUCAUCCACAGCUCCUUCUCCUCGUGGACCAAAUACACCUGGGAGAGGACAGCCCCUUGGAGACCGCUGCAAGCUUCUUCCACAAUGUGGAUGUUCCCUUUGAGGAAACAGUGGUAGAUGGGGUCCACGGGGCUUUUAUCAGGCAACGGGAUGGUCUGUACAAAAUGUACUGGAUGGAUGAUACCGGCUACAGUGAGAAAGCAACCUUUGCUUCAGUGACAUACCCUCGGGGCUAUCCCUACAACGGGACAAACUACGUGAAUGUCACCAUGCACCUCCGGAGUCCCAUCACCAGGACCGCUUACCUCUUUAUAGGGCCGUCUGUAGAUGUUCAGAGUUUCAGCAUCCACGGGGACUCCCAGCAACUGGAUGUGUUCGUAGCCACCAGCCAGCAUGCCUACGCCACUUACCUUUGGACAGGAGAGACCACGGGACAGUCUGCCUUUGCACAGGUCAUUGCAGAUCGUCAGAAAAUUCUGUUCGACCGGAGUUCAGCCAUGAAGAGCACCACUGUGCCCGAGGUGAAGGACUACGCUGCUAUUGUGGAACAGAACCUGCAGCAUUUUAAGCCAGUGUUCCAGCUGCUGGAGAAGCAGAUCCUGUCCCGAGUCCGGAACACAGCUAGCUUUAGGAAGACCGCUGAGCGCCUGCUGAGAUUUUCAGACAAGAGGCAGACGGAGGAGGCCAUUGAUAGGAUUUUUGCCAUAUCGCAGCAGCAGCAGCAGCAGCAGAGCAAGUCAAAGAAAAACCGAAGGGCAGGCAAACGCUACAAAUUUGUGGACGCGGUCCCUGAUAUUUUUGCACAGAUUGAGGUCAAUGAAAAAAAGAUUCGACAGAAAGCUCAGAUUCUAGCACAGAAAGAACUGCCCAUAGAUGAAGAUGAAGAGAUGAAAGACCUUUUAGAUUUUGCAGAUGUAACGUAUGAGAAACACAAAAACGGGGGCUUGAUGAAAGGCCGGUUUGGACAGACGCGGAUGAUGACAACUCGCAGCAGAGCCCCUUCCGCUUCGUACACCAAACUGUUCUUGAUCCUGAACAUCGCUAUUUUCUUUGUCAUGUUGGCAAUGCAGCUGACUUAUUUCCAGAGGGCCCAGAGCCUGCAUGGCCAAAGAUGCCUUUACGCAGUCCUUCUCAUAGACAGCUGUAUUUUACUGUGGUUGUACUCGUCCUGUUCCCAGUCACAGUGUUAGCGCUAAAGCCAUGCGUUGCCAGAUCGUUGUGUGGUCACAAGAGUCUAUGCAAAAAAAAAAAUAAAAAUAAAAAUUGCCCUAGUUUGUUA